CUGAGCAGAUCGGACUUCGCUUGUACGCGCACCUCGCUCCGCUUUCUCGGCAACCAUGUCUGACAAACCCGAUAUGGCUGAGAUUGAGAAAUUCGAUAAGUCGAAAGUGAAGAAGACAGAAAUGCAAGAGAAAAAUCCACUGCCUUCAAAAGAAAUGAUUGAACAGGAGAAGCAAGCCGGCAAAUCGUAA